UGGCGUUUCCAUGGUAUUCGAAGAAAAGCCCGCAAAGCAAACACGGCCUUUGGCUUAAGCUAGCUAAUGAACUAGACUACGGUGACUGCUCAAUACUUCGUCCAACCGUAAAAAAAAAAGGUAAAAUUCAUUAUACGUUUUUAUUUUAUGUUUUAUUUUGUUGUAAAAAGCAAACUUCAGCGCCGAUGAUAGUGUUGAAUAAUACUGUUCGUUUUCCCCCCUUAUCGGAGCAUGCUAAUUAGCUAGCAUGCUUGAUAUUUGUUCGGGUCCCUAGCUAAUGUUCGUUUUGUAACUCAGUAUUGUAUUUUACGAACGUUAACGUUACACUACUUAUCAUUUAAAAUUUAACUAGUUAGCUAGCUAAUAGUCCGUCUGUAAUAAUUGUGAGGUUAAUUGCCGAAGUGUUUUGUUUUGGCUCUCGCUAGGCUUGAUUCUGAUUCCUAGAUCAUGCGAACAACAACGUUUGAUGCUAGUCAGCUAAAAUUAGCUUGGCGUAACGUCAGUUUAGAAUGGAUGGCAGCCAAGAAAUGACAACAGACGGUGAGGGGUGUCUACUACACAGACACCCGCGUGACUACGAAAUAAUUGCGUUAGUCAAUAGGAUGCCAUUUGGCACAUCCUUUUCUUUAAUCUGUAAUCCUUACCGUGACCUCUCCUUGGCUGUUUACCUGUGUAACAGGUUUAGUUCACACUACUUUGCGUUUACUAGUUACACAGCGCUUUGGCUCUUGACCAGAAUAACGGGAGGACAGCAGGGAGAAUGGUUAGGGUGUCUUUAGCUCUGAAAUACUAUUGUCAAGACGUUUUUAUCAUUUUAAAUCCAUAUGGCAGAAUCCUUGUCCAAACCUAAACCAACCAUUUUAAACAACUCUUCACAUCUCAUUUCAGGGAGGACUAGAUAGCUAGAUUGGGAAGAUCAUGAUGAAGCUGAAAACCUGUCUUGUAUUCUCAUCUCAAAGUGACUCCAGUCCCAUCUGUUCAGUUUGGCUACCAGCAGAUUUAGGACUGAAGGGCUCUCUGCCUGGAUGACAAGCACACAGCCUACGUCCCUGAACACUGGUGAAAUUGCAUAGGAACGAAGAAGAUGGAAGGACCUCUUGAGUUUUUUUUAACAGAACAUGGAAUUUACUGUAAUUAGGAGUUGAAUGAAUGUUUUAUAAAAACUAAAUGAAGAUUUAAAGGCAUCUAAACAUCAGUGGAUUGUGGAAACCAAAGUAAAGCUGGUUACCAGGCUCAAGGUGGGGAGCCAGGGAGCCUGAAGGGCUAGCAACCGGACGGUCGACUGACUGAAAUCCAGAGCCCUAUACCGGAGACUGAGAAGCUAGAGGCUGUGAACGUGUGAAGUUCAUCCCAGCUGUGUGCAGGUGUUCCUGGGCUAUGUAGCCAGACUUACCCCCUAGCAUGCUCCAGACCAACAACUACUCGCUGGUCCUUCUGGUCCAGCUAGGUCUGCUGACCUAUGACCUGUUCGUCAACUCCUUCAGCGAGCUGCUCAGGGCAGCGCCCGUCAUCCAGCUAGUGCUGUUCAUUAUCCAGGAUAUAGCCAUCCUGUUCAACGUGAUCAUCAUUCUGCUGAUGAUGUUCAACACGUACGUGUUCCAGGUCGGUCUGGUCUCUCUGCUACUGGAGAGGUUUAAAGGCUUGCUGGUGCUGUCUGCCAUCUACCUCACUCUCAGCAUCUCCUUUCACUGCUGGGUAGUGAACCUGAGAUGGCUGGAAUCGAAUCGUUUCAUCUGGACGAACGGCCUGAGUGUCCUCUUCGUCUUCCAGAGAGUUGCUGCAGUGUUGUAUUUCUACGUUUACAAACGGACAGCAGAGUGUCUGGGCGACCCACGGCUGUAUCAGGACUCUGUCUGGCUGAGGGAUGCCUUCGCCAGAGCUCGUCAGUGAGGAGGAGGAAAUGGAAGGAACAAUUACACCCCCCCCCCCCCCCCAAAAGGACUUAUUACCAGGCGAGGACUGCCAGGCUCUGUGGUGACUCACUUGCCUGGGUGAGCCAUGUUCGUUAGGCAUGACACUGAAACAGGGAGGGACUCCCUGGCCUUGUCCAAUAAGAAGUUACCAUUAUUGUUUUCCUGCUUCAAAACUGUUUGCCCAACUGAAAAUGACUCGGGGCUAGGAUGGAGCUGACGGAAAAGUGAGAAACUGCGAUGGGUUUGUACAGCAGGAUGGAUCAAGUCAAUGUACCACACUACAAUAAUAUGGACUAAUGUUGUAACAAGAAGACAAGACACUAAAGGACAAUCUGAGGCAGACUUUCCUUCCUUAAAAAACAGUACAUUCAUAAUGACAGCUAUUAAUUUAGUGUUUUUACUAAGAUGGAAUAAAUAUAGCUUCCCAAAUUGCAUCCUAUUCCCUAAUAUAGUGCACUAAAUGGGGAAUGCACGCCUGGCUCUGUGAACAACAGUGUAUAAGAGUUGUUACUGGUUCCCUCUCAGGUGAGAGAGGGAAAGUCCCGGGGCUCGACUCAAUCCAGUCUGUGUUGUAGCAUCAAGGUCAUUUCCUGUUGAGAGCGACGUUUACCGUGAAGGAAGUCUACGCUAUAAUGCUGAUCUUCUGCACUGCACAUUGAAUGGAGCCUCUGGUUCAGUUUGUCCUGUAGAUAAGAUGUGCUGUUUACAAAGUUCAAAUUGUCAAUCCAACACUUUUAUAUAUUUUUUAUUUUAUCAAAAAAAAUGCCGGUUCUCUGUGGAUUUUGUUUUCUUAACUCAUCUGAAUUUUAAAUGGCCAAAACAUAAAGGAAGUAACCCCA